AAUCAGACAGGCCAUGGUUGGGAUGUAAAGAGUGUUGAUUGGCACCCGACCAAAUCGCUUCUUGUUUCAGGUGGGAAAGAUAACCUUGUAAAGUUAUGGGAUGCAAAAUCUGGGACAGAGCUGUGCUCAUUUCAUGGCCACAAAAAUACUGUACUGUGUGUUAAAUGGAAUCAAAAUGGAAACUGGGUAUUGACCUCUUCUAAGGAUCAGAUCAUAAAGCUUUAUGACAUCAGAACCAUGAAAGAGCUUGAAUCAUUUCGUGGACAUAGCAAGGAUGUGACCGCACUGGCUUGGCAUCCAUUUCAUGAAGAGUACUUCACUAGUGGGAGUUUUGAUGGAUCCAUCUUUCAUUGGCUUGUUGGGCAUGAAACCCCUCAGGUUGAAGUGCAUGGUGCGCAUGAUAAUAGUGUGUGGGACCUUGCUUGGCACCCAAUUGGCUAUUUACUUUGCAGUGGUAGCAACGAUCACACUACAAGGUUUUGGUGCAGAAAUAGACCUGGAGAUACUUCCCGUGAUAAAUACAGUAUUGCUCAAAGUCAAGGCUUUGGUGAUCAGAAUCCUAUGAUUGCCAAUCGUGUUGGGAGUGGUUUCCAAGCUCCUGAACCUCCACCAACUCCUGGACCAUUUGCUGGUGGACUAACUCGGAAUGAAGGAACUAUUCCUGGUGUAGGAGUUGCAGUUCCAUUGUCUGUCCAAUCGCUUGAUGGUUCUUCUGAUCAAGGAGAACUAAGGCAACCUCCGCCAGGUGUUUUGCCUAUGGGAGCACCACCUCUUCCGCCAGGUCCCCAUCCUUCUCUUUUGGCAGCUAGCCAGCAGCAACCGUACCUGCAAAUCCCUCAGCAAGUUCCAUCUCAACAACAGCAGAAUCAGCCAUUUUCCCAGCAAACAGUCUCACUGCCAUUGCCCCCUCAAAAUUUGCCUCAACUUCAGCCUCCCUCACACUUGACGAUGCUUCCUCAUCCUCACCUACCUCGUCCUCCUUUACCACAGCUGCAACCGCUUGGAUCUGUGGGUAUUCCAUCAUCUAUGUCUGUGUCAAUGCCCCUUUCUUUGCCAAAUCAGAUGGUGAUGCAAGGUUCUUCGAAUCCAAUGAUAUCUCCGAUGCAACAAGGGCAUAUGAUUGGUCUCAAUCAGAUGCAGACAGGGGCUGUGCCUGGUAGCAAUAUCCAACCAAAUGUUGGUGGUUUUCCAACUGGAAUAGCAAACAUGCAGGGCCCUUUGGGUGUUGCAAGCGGGGGGCAAAACUUUCCGAUGACUGGUCUAUUUAAUCGGCCGCAUACUGUUCCAAUGUCUCAAGUUCCAGGACUCAACACUUACCAGCCUGCAAUGGGACCGGGAGGAAAUAUCGGAAUUCCGCCACCACCACCGCAGCAUGGCUCUGCACCACAAUAGUACUUGGUUUGCAACAGUCAGAGUGCCAAAUUGCUGAAAACUAGAGUGAUUGAUUGCUUAACUAUGAUUCUCCGUAAUGCCAAUGUCUCAGUUCGAAAUAUAACUGCAGUGAUAUGACUUACUUGGCUGAUAUGCUAACGUGUGAGAUUACCGCAUUAGUAUUAUUAUUAGGUUAAAUUCAGAAACAGUAGUACUAAAUGCACUCUUUCUUUUUUUUUUAAAAAAAAAAAUUUAUUUGAGCAAUAUUUCCUGGUUGUAAAAUAGAUGGUUCUUUUUUUCAUUGGAAAAGGACUUAUUACUGUUUA